UGUUUACAAACAGACCGAAGCAGCGCGCGCACCGUGUUUUUCUGCGGGUUAUUUCUGUGCCGCAGGUUACUAGCUGAAUUUUCUUAAAAUAGCAAAGAGCUGUAAUCCUUUCGUACAGGAAAACAAGCAGGAAAUGUUCACGCUGCGAAGGGAAGAAUUAUAGUGCUUGAUAAAAAAAUGGGGACCAUUAAACGAGGCUGCGUGUUCCCCUGAUAGGGCUGUUAAUCAGGAUAGUCUGCUUGUAUUCGAGUUUACAUUUACGAUAUAAGUUUACAAACUUACUGUCCGAGUUUUAUUAUUUGUUUAAUUUCAAUACAGUAAGUUGCUGCACUAUUGUAAGUAAACUUCAAUUUGAUGGACUGAGUGCAAGUCAGAUUACUGUGCAGUAAAUAUAAUAUUAAUUUGAUGUAAAACCCUGAGUUCGUGCACGCAUGUGCUAAUAGGUAUGUAUGGAUAUAAUGGGAUCAAAGUAUUGAGAUUAAUAUCGAAAGCGCUGCGUUUACAGCCCUUCUGUGUCUUCGGCAAGACUCGUCCUGGGUCUCCUGCAAAGCUUCAAAUCCAGAUACUUUCAGGACGCUUAAAGCUUGGCGACUUGCGGGCCGUCACAGGUCCUACGAUCUUUUUAAAGCCAAUCGGAAUAGCAGAUGAUAUGGAGCACCGCGGUGUGUCCUUUUCGCGGGACGUACAGGUACAAACUGUCGAAAACGACGGCGACAAGCCGCAGUCCCCCGCCGGCGUAAAAGGAUGCGCCCCCGCCGAAAGCAAAAAGGCGAAGAAGAGGAGGCAGAAACGCAGAGCGAAAGAGCGAAAGCAGAUAUCAAAGUCACCCGAGUACUCUGACAGCCUCCUGGCCGAACUUCCAUUUGUCAAUGAGGACGUAUGGAAGGACCUUGGCUUCUCGACGUCAGAGAAAAGCCAGAAUAAAAAGAGGAAAAGAGGAAAAGGACAGUGCGAGGAGGACGACGCAAAGAAAAAGACAAGGCAGCAGCGGCCAAACUAUUUCGUUUCCAUCCCCAUCAGCAGUGCCGAGAUCAAGGGUGGCAUUAAGACUGUCCAGGACCACAUCAUCCAGAAGGACAACAGACUGUCACGGGCUCUGAUACCAGUGGGCAGCCUCCACAUUACCCUGCUAGUGACCUACUUGGGCAGUGAGGAGGAAGUCAGUGCGGCUGUGAGCGCCAUUGGCCAGAUGAAACAAGUGCUGCAGGACCUGCUUCAGGGCCGGGGGCUGGUCCUACCUUUCGUCGGCAUCGAGCACUUCAGGAACGAGGUGGCGUUCGCCCGGCUGGCCUCGGGCGACCACAUGGGCGCGCUAGAGAGGAUCGCAGAGGCAGUGAGGAAGGCGUUUGAAGAGCGGGGCAUCCCGUCCGGAGAAAGCAAGGCGUUUCGGCCGCACCUCACCUUCAUGAAGCUGUCCAAGGCCCCCAAGCUACGUCGGCAGGGAAUUCGGAAGCUGGACCCGAGCCUCUACGUGGAGUUCGCCGAGCAGAAGUUCGGGGAUGAGACGGUGUCGCGACUCGACCUCUGCGCGAUGCUGAAGAAAAAGACUCCAGACGGCUACUACCACUGCGAGACCUCCGUGCCUCUGGAUCUUAUUCCGAGCUCUCCCAGUGCUGUUCAGAGAAGUCAGAAGAGGGGGGAGGAGCCUGACGAGGAGGAGCUGCUGAGCCUGAGCAAAAGGCUGGUGGAGGAUGCCGUGCUCAAGGCCCUGCACCAGUACAUGGAGGAGACCCAGCAGGGCAUGGGCGGGGCAGUCGACAAGGGCCCCGCCCCCGCCCAGGGACGACCUCCACACCGGAGCCAGCAAAUGAGCCCCCGGGCCCCACCCCCCGGAUCCUUACCAGCCAAUGAGGGCGUGAAUGGGAAAAGGGAAGGCGGGGUAGACACCACCGGAAGGCCCAUAGAGAACCACAACAAUAGCUGGGAGGGAGCUGGAGCUGAACUGGCCUGCGUUUGUGGACGGGACGCCUUCAGAGAGGACCCUGGGCGGGACUGGCCAAAGCCCCAUGCAGCUUUGCGCACUUUCAACUCCCUGAUGACACUGCCACCACUGCUGCUCACAGCAUGCUUACGCGCUGGGGUCGCCCCAGACCCCGUUUGUUUAUGGACGUAUCCUUUUAUUGUUGCCUAAUGGGUUCGUAGGACAAGCACUGCCCCCCAUUUUAAUGGAGAUGCUGGAUGACAUCAUGCCCUGCUUCAAGCCCCAUCCCUAUCAAGUUCCCCCUCAUGGCCGCGUGUCAGACACACGGCCCUCCACCCUGGAGCAAAGACAACCAGCCCCGUCGGCAUGCGAAAUACCACCGCAAAGUCAUUGGCGCGAACCACCAUCCACAGCCGCUACACCGGGCCUCAAUAUGCAGUCGGAAACACGCCAUGCAAAAUGUUUACGUCUGGCCGCCACACUGCAGAAUGGGCGUGGGCUGGAACUUGGCGCCACCGGGAGGUGGGCCUGGGUUUCGGUUUGAACACCCAGAAGCUUUAACACGCGUUGCUUACAGAUGGAGAGAGAGCGCGGGAGGGGGGCAGAGGAGGAGGCGAGGAGAGGAUGGUGCAAACGUCUGAAGCUCUGAGCCAGUGCGUGUUGUCUUUGUGUUUCCUGUAGGGACAAAGCGUGACAU